UCUCUGCGGAAGAGAGCAGAGGUUCUGUUUGCGCAGCAUGUCAAGUUCAAGUUCAAGUUCAAGGCCAGGGCACCUUGCCUGAGGGCGCCUACCUAUAGCGGCACUGGUGUGGGUACGUACAGCCUCAGGUGUGGUUGACGAUCACUUUUAGGCGCAUCACUUCAAUUCUAUCUUAGCAUUGGCAAUUGCCCCGUGGGAAAUUAUACUUGUGACAUCUCAAGUGUAAAUUUGCGCCGAGCAAUGGCGACAGCAUACGCUGGUUUGGCUAGCGCCAGCCUCUCACGGCUUGUCUCCCCGCCAAGCAGAGCGGACACAUGUAUCAGGAGCACUGAUGCCUCUGCUGCCUCUGCCCCUAUCUGCAGUGGAUUGUCUGGUGUGUGCACUCUGUCAACUUGUCUGACACGAUUGGGCCUCCAGUACGUGCACAGAAGCAGAGGGGCAGAGACCUAUCGAUGUGUUGCUACAACACGCAUAAGGCCCCGUCCACUGGCUGCCAGGCCAGCGAGGCUCUAUGUCAAUCCCCCACGCAUCUAUCCGGCAGUUCCACUUUUGGGCUUUCUUGCAAAGGAACCAGUGCCAGAGCAGUCGUCUGGGCCAAGGGAUGGGGAGGAGAAGAUGGCUGGGGCUUUGCACCAGAUUGGGUGGGCUGCGUUUGCAUCUCUACUGUAUGCGGCCCCUGCGCAGGCUGCCAAGUACGUUCCACCACCAUUGGGAACCAGCGACCCUGUCCCAGUACCUGAUGAUUUUACUGUAGAGGACCUCGGGGGCCUUGCAAUGCUGGGGAUAAUCCUCCUUUUGGUAUUCUUGAUUGGAAACAUUGUGCUGCCGAGCUUGAUGUUUUCCGAUGUGGACACGGCAACUUCUUACAAACGAGACGAGGAGGGCGACUUCUACCAUGAUCCAAGCUUCACCAAGGACUUUUUCCGAGAAUCUCGGGAGACUAGUGAUGAUAUUGAUGAAGUGCCUUGGUCGAAAGCACCUUUCAGCAAACUUGCCCAUGAGUUUAGCAAAAUAUUGCCGCCUCCAAACUCGGUCGCUGCACCGCCAGAGGUCAGUAAGAAAGCAAAGAAAGGGUCGGAGCAGUUGGAAGGCCCGAUUGGGGCCGGCGUAAAACUCUCAGGUAUAGUUGCGGUGCCGGGGUAUGGUGUAAGUGUACAAAAAGAUGGCCUGGCUGCGAAUGGGCAAGCAACGAGCAUCAGUUACGUCACCUCAGUUGCCUCGGCAUCUGAUCCUGAUUCAGACUUGUCAAAGGGUUUGGGGGAUGCUACUAGUGUGGAAGGUGACGCAAGUGCUCAGGGAUCGGUUGGAGCCGUCAGGGAGGCACGGGACGUGCAAAACCUGAAGUUGUAUAAGCUAGACACGAUGGCAGCAAGGAGGAAAAGGCCAGACCGGAUGCAUGAGAGGGCCAGAGGAUCUGUACGACAUCGGAUUGGUGGGCGUCAUUUGAAUGAUUGAUAAGGGAAUGAGUUGGGGGGAACAUUGACUACCUCUAGCUUAUGUUUAUUAACGCGCUUUGACACUGACAUCUACUUGAAGGCAGCUUGAGGCUGGUGGUCAGUCAACGUUAGAAAGGUAUGAUGCAGGCCUUUUGAACCGCACACGAAUGUUAUAAAAUAACUCCGAACCGGUGAUUGGAUUCACCACACUUGCGGCUGCUUGUUGUACUAAUGAUGGCCGUGUGUGCCUGCCA